GCGUAAGAGUAUGGUCCAUGUCCAUCUUUGCCGGGGAAUGCCUACUUUUCUUGCUGACUGGUUUAUUGUUGAGGUUCAGAUUCUAUGGGGUCUAUACUUGCAUUGCCGCCUACAAGUUACGCCCUUUGGCUCAUACUUAAAAAGAGACAUGGUGACAAUCUCUGUCAUAAAUUCCCGCAUCUCGAGGGCACUUCCCGCUCUCUCUCAGAGCUCUGUGCCAAUUUCUUCGUCGCUUUCCCAGAAAAUAUAUUAUAGAGUUCGAUUAAGUUAGGGCAUCGGAAGAGCAGCCCGAUCCCCGAGGCCAGAGAUUCUGGACCACUUUCUUCGUUGUCAAUGGCGGAUUUAAUUGUAAUUCGCACCAGCAGUGGUACCUGCAAUGCCAGUGCUGUCCAGAAAAACUGUCAGGUCAAAGCCCUAGAACUACAACAUCUGGAAAUCCUAAAAGGACUUUGCCCAGCUUUCCUGGUUGUUGCUCUGUCCCCAAUGGAACUGUGUGUGAUGGUUCUGCUGCUGCUGCUGCUACAGUUCUCCUUAUUCGCUCGAUUCCCUGUAGUUCGAGCUUCCGACAGCCUGCUCUCUCCUAAGGGCGUUAACUAUGAAGUUGCUGCUUUGAUGUCUGUGAAGAGUAAGUUGAGAGAUACUCUUCAUGUUCUUGAUGGAUGGGAUAUUAAUUCGGUUGAUCCUUGCACGUGGAACAUGGUUGGCUGUUCUCCUGAGGGUUUUGUGAUUUCUCUGUUGGAAUUCUAUUAUUUAGAUAGUUCUUCUACUUCUGGUUUUGAUGGCAGAGAAAUGGCUAGUAAGGGGUUGUCAGGUUUGCUUUCUCCAUGCAUUGGGAAUUUGAGUCACCUUCAAACAAUGUUAUUACAGAAUAAUCUAAUAUCUGGUCAUCUUCCAGUAGAGAUGGGGAAGCUCUCAGAGCUUCGUACUCUUGACCUUUCAGGUAACCAGUUUACUGGUGAGAUUCCAAGUUCUUUGGGCUUUCUGACUUAUCUAAGUUACUUGCGGCUUAGCAAGAAUAAGCUUUCUGGACGGAUUCCUAGUGCAGUUGCUAAUCUCACAGGUCUUUCUUUCUUGGAUCUGUCAUUCAAUAAUCUUAGCGGUCCCACUCCAAGAAUACUUGCAAAAGCCUACAGUGUUGCAGGGAAUAGGUUUCUUUGCACCUCAUCAUUGGAAGAAGCUUGUAGGAAUGUUCCAGAACCAGCUCUGGAUGCUAGUUCAUCACAAAAAUCCAGUAGUCAUCGUCAAUGGGCAGUUGAUGUUGCUAUAGGUGUCAGCUGUACCUUUGUGGUCUCUGUGAUGCUGGUUGUUUGUUGGGUUAAUUGGUGCAGAUGGGGUGUUCCCUUUGCUUCAUAUGUUAUUGCAGAGCAACAGGACUAUGAAUUUGAUAUGGGUCAUCUGAAGAGAUUUUCUUUUCGUGAACUGCAAAUUGCAACCGAUAAUUUUAGCCCCAAGAACAUCUUAGGCCAAGGUGGAUAUGGGGUGGUCUAUAGAGGAUGUCUCCGGAAUGGGACAGUUGUGGCUGUGAAAAGGUUAAAGGAUCCCAGUUUUACUGGAGAAGUGCAGUUUCAAACUGAAGUUGAGAUGAUUGGCUUGGCUCUCCACCGGAAUCUCUUACGUUUAUAUGGGUUUUGCAUGACAUCUAAUGAAAGGUUACUUGUUUAUCCUUACAUGCCAAAUGGGAGUGUUGCUGACCGCUUGAGAGAUCCUCCCCGUGAACAGCCAUCUUUGGACUGGAACAAACGCAUGCGAAUUGCUCUUGGAGCUGCUCGUGGACUAUUAUACUUACAUGAACAGUGUAACCCAAAAAUCAUUCACAGGGAUGUCAAAGCUGCAAAUAUUUUACUUGAUGAAAGUUUUGAAGCUGUGGUUGGGGAUUUUGGCCUUGCAAAGCUUUUAGAUCAGAGAGAUUCACAUGUCACAACUGCAGUGCGGGGUACUGUAGGACAUAUUGCACCAGAAUAUCUUUCUACAGGGCAAUCUUCUGAGAAAACCGAUGUAUUUGGAUUUGGUAUAUUACUCUUGGAACUCAUAACGGGACAGAAGGCAUUAGAUGCAGGAAAUGGCCAGAUUCAGAAGGGAAUGAUUCUUGACUGGGUUAGGACGUUGCACGAGGAGAAGAGACUGGAGGUACUGGUAGAUAAGGAUCUUAAUGGAUGUUUUGAUGCAGUAGAGCUGGAAAAAGCAGUAGAAGUGGCCCUGCAGUGUACACAAUCCCAUCCCAACCUCCGACCAAAGAUGUCAGAAGCCCUAAAGACACUGGAAGGUGUGAUCAGACCACUAAUACAUACAGAAGAAGCUCAAGUUGACAUACCUAGUGGAGGAAGGGCUUACAGUUUCUCCAGAAACUACAGUGAUGCCCUUGAAGAAUCUUCAUUCAUCAUUGAAGCAAUUGAGCUGUCUGGCCCCAGGUGACGCGCAGGAAUUGCUUUCUGCAGGCUCAAAUUUAGAGUUUGCAUUUGAUAAUGGAGGGUAGUUAAAUCUUUGGAUCAACAUAAAUCCCUAAAGCUAUGUUUGCUUUGAUAGAAAACAAGAGAGAAACGGAAAGUUGAGGGAAAGCUCUUAUUUUCUAUCAAACCAAACACAACCUAAAGGAUACGAGAGAAUUGGGGGUAGUACAAUAUUUUCACAUGGAAAAGUGGUAAAAGAUUUUGGCUUCCACAAAUGUGUAACUGAACUGAUGCAAGAAAAAAGAGAAGGAAAAAUGCCAGUUUAUUCAUUUUAGGGCAUUUCUUUUCAUUUUUGUUACAUAUACAGAAAACCCUCAGGUUUUGCAUCAGCCGAUUGUUCAAACUGUUUUAACGUA